ACGAAUUAAAGAAAAAAAACUAUAUUUAAAAGCUGAUUUAAUAAGUAUAUUUUCGUAUGAUUUUUGUGUAGUACCUAUAAGGGAGAUAAGAUUUCUUUACUUGUUUUAAUAACAUAAUAACAAGACAAGGCCGUGACACACGAGCUAGUUGUAACGAAAAGUGGCAAGGACAGCCGUAGCUUGUAUUGAAAAAGCGUUAGAGUGUGCACUGACCGAAAAUUAUCCAUAUAAGGUUAUAAAAUAUUCUUAAGAAUGUCGCUUGAAAUAUCUAGAGAUGAUAUUUUAACAGCUUUAGUUACGAAACUUGGCACUAGUAACCUUGAGAUUUUAUCUUAUGAUACUAGCUAUGUAGAAGAAAAAGUAGGACUUUUAGGAGAUCAUGGUUUUGUUAGGGUCAACGUUCUCAAUCGAGAUUCGAAUAAUGAAAUCAAUGUGAGCUUUUUUACAAAAUUGUUCCCCAAACAAGAGUGCUUAAAAGGGUUCGCUGAGGGUGCUGGCUCGUUUACUAGAGAAGAAUUUGUAUAUGAUUUAUUUUCAGAUUUUAGGAACGAUAAAAUUGAUAUUAUUACUAAAUGCACUCCCCGGUGCUAUGUUUACCAACCGAAUAAUUAUCUUUUACUAGACAAUUUACUAGAAGAAGGGUAUAAAAUGCCUGAUAAAUCUAAGUGUUUCGAUUUUAGUACUGUUUUGGUUGUUCUGGAAUCUCUAGCGCAACUUCAUGCUAGUUCCCUUAUCUACGAAGAACAAAAGUCCAAUCGGUCUGGAGAAAUAUUUAGAAUACUACAUGGAAAUGAAGAGAGAUUAAAGGACACGUUAUAUUGUGACAGUGACGACUUUCCAAACAAAGAUUCGGUAGAUGCAACUUUCAAAUGCAUUCAAAGUGAAAUAAGGUUGUUUCAAAUGCCGGAAACUUUAAAGAAUGGUAAGAACUUUAUGAAACGCGUGGAAGAAUUAUUUCCGAGAAUUUACCGACUAGUUGAAUCAUCUAAAAAGCACCGUAAUGUAUUGUGUCACGGUGAUCUAUGGGCUUCUAAUUGCAUGCUAAAGGAAAAUGAAGAUGGUACGGUUGUUUCUUGUAAGCUGGUAGAUUUUCAAAGUGGUCGUUACGUUCCUCCAGCGCACGAUGUCAUGUCAUUCCUGUACUUAAACACUUCAAGGCAAUUAAGACAAGAACGCAUGUACGAAGCUAUCGGCAUUUACUACAAUUAUUUAGAAAAAUAUCUGAAAAACGCCGGCUUUGCAAUAAAUAAAAUCAUUACAUUUGAUGCUUUUUUGGAUUCCUGUGAAGAACAAAAGUUGUUUGGAGUACUUUUAGCUGCAAAUAUUAUACCAUUAAUCUUGGCAGAUCGAGAUAUUGUCGAAAAUUUUCUGUGUGAUAAUGAGCUGUAUAAUAAGGUGUUCAGAGGUGAUAGAAGUAUCUUAUUUUAUGAAAAUCAGAAGUACAAGUGGUACGUUGAACGAGCAAAGGAAUCUAUUGAAGACCUUCGGGAACAAUGUGAACAAGUAGCAUAACAAUGUGUUCGUAAAACUGUAUUUACUCAGUAAAAUCUCACAGCAAAUAUUUGUACUUUUUGUAAUUCAAAAUAAAAAUAAAUAUAUUUUUAC